GCGUUUCAUCCCCCCCCCCCCCCUGUUCCCAGGGGAUGAUGAUGCCAUUGCCCUUUUCUUCUUCAUCUUCAUCUCCUCCUCCACUCGGGUUUGAUCCCCUCCCCCUCAGUCGCUCCCCACCAUCUCGGUGUGCGAUCGGCGCAUCUCUCCGCUGCUCUUCUCGUGAUUGUCUAGACGCGCGUGUACCUGGGGUGGUCCGAGUAGUGGGCAUCGAGCAGUGAGUCGAUCAAGAUGAGAGAGAUCCUGCACAUUCAGGGAGGACAGUGCGGGAACCAGAUCGGAGCCAAGUUCUGGGAGGUGGUGUGCGAGGAGCAUGGCAUCGACCCGACGGGGACGUACCAGGGCGUGUCGGAUUUGCAGCUGGAGCGGAUCAAUGUGUACUACAACGAGGCGAGCGGAGGUCGGUACGUGCCCCGCGGAGUGCUGAUGGAUUUGGAGCCUGGGACGAUGGACAGCGUGCGGUCGGGCCCGUAUGGGCAGAUAUUCCGGCCGGACAACUUUGUGUUUGGGCAGACGGGAGCGGGGAACAACUGGGCGAAGGGGCAUUACACGGAGGGAGCGGAGUUGAUCGACUCGGUGUUGGAUGUGGUGCGGAAGGAGGCUGAGAGCUGCGACUGCUUGCAAGGUUUCCAGGUGUGCCACAGUUUGGGAGGAGGGACAGGAUCGGGAAUGGGGACACUGUUGAUAUCGAAGAUCCGCGAGGAGUACCCGGACAGGAUGAUGCUGACGUUUUCGGUGUUCCCGUCGCCGAAGGUGUCGGACACGGUGGUGGAGCCAUACAACGCAACGCUGUCGGUGCAUCAGCUGGUGGAGAAUGCGGACGAGUGCAUGGUGUUGGAUAACGAGGCGCUGUACGACAUCUGUUUCAGGACUUUGAAGCUGAUCACCCCGUCUUUCGGGGACUUGAACCACUUGAUCUCUGCGACGAUGAGCGGCAUUACGUGCUGCCUGCGUUUCCCGGGUCAGCUGAACUCGGAUCUUCGGAAGUUGGCGGUGAACCUGAUUCCGUUUCCGCGGCUGCACUUUUUCAUGGUGGGAUUCGCGCCGCUGACGUCGAGGGGGUCGCAGCAGUACAGGUCGCUGACGGUUCCGGAGCUGACGCAGCAAAUGUGGGACGCGAAGAACAUGAUGUGCGCGGCGGACCCGCGGCACGGGAGGUACCUGACGGCGUCGGCGAUGUUCCGGGGGAAGAUGUCGACGAAGGAGGUGGACGAGCAGAUGAUCAACGUGCAGAACAAGAACUCGUCGUACUUCGUGGAGUGGAUUCCGAACAACGUGAAGUCGUCGGUGUGCGACAUUCCGCCGACGGGGCUGAAGAUGUCGUCGACGUUCAUCGGGAACUCGACGUCGAUCCAGGAGAUGUUCAGGCGAGUGAGCGAGCAGUUCACGGCGAUGUUCAGGAGGAAGGCGUUUUUGCAUUGGUACACGGGGGAGGGGAUGGACGAGAUGGAGUUUACGGAGGCGGAGAGCAACAUGAACGACUUGGUGUCGGAGUACCAGCAGUACCAGGACGCGAGCGCAGAGGAGGAGGGAGAGUACGAGGAGGAUCUGGAGGAGGCUUAGGUAGAUAUUCAGCAACCCAUUCAGCAUGCUGGAGGCUAGCAAUCCGAAGGGAACUUGCCAGAUCUCUGAAACGACCGUCACCAGCAGCAUUUGGCACUGAAAUUAUAGCCAAUCAUCGUCAUUGGCAACUCGUCCAUGGACGCCAUGUUAAACAAGACGAACAGCCCCAUGAAAUCUGAAAGUCACCUUCACAACUACGCCAGCUUCGUGACGACUGUGUGCCCUACUCUCCACGAAUUAUCAUUGCAAUUCAAAUAGCUUACUGAGACACAAUUAGAAAGAACUUAGUCUAAGCCUGCUGUUUAUUAUCAGUGGUUGAAUUAAGUGAAUCCUUCCUAAAAGUGAUAUACCCUUCGUGAAAUCAUGAACGGAUGGCUUUUGUUGCGUUUUGGUUUUGUUUUAGACUUGAGCACACUAAUUUGUCUUUUUGGUUUAAUUUUUUAAUAACUUGGUUACGCUUCUAAGUCUUUUUGGUCUAA